AUGUAUGAUUUUCUCCUGUGGAGGCGCUGUUUUCCUUCAUUAAAAAAGAGUGUGUGGUUGUUGGUCCUCAGUCACAGAUGCUACGGUGAUAAACCGAGAGAAGCGCGUGUAUCUAACACUCGUACCGUCAUGUUGCUGUCCGCGUGUCUUCGGCGCUGCGCGCGACUUCUCUGCUGUCUUCCACUUACGAUCGUUGUUGUUGUCGUGAUGUGGUCAUAUUACGCCUAUGUGGUACACUUUUGCUGGAUUUUCCUCACAUGUGUAAAUCAAAAAGUGGCUUUUCUUUGCCUGUACCACGUAUGUUUUGGGAUGUUCUCGUGGUCUUUUUGGAAAGCAGUUUCCACUCCACCAUCCUUUCCUUCUGUAGAGUUUCAUCGACCUUCCUCCGACUCGCUGCUUUAUGAGCAGGAACGUGGAGGAGGUUUGGAGAAGAAUCACAUUCUUAUGGAGAUCUCCCAGAAGCUUCCAGUUUACACCCGUACAGCAGCUGGAGCUAUCAGGUUCUGUCAUCACUGCCAAUUGAUAAAACCAGAUCGCUGUCAUCACUGUUCUGUGUGCCAAAUGUGUGUACUAAAGAUGGAUCAUCAUUGCCCCUGGUUAAAUAACUGUAUUGGAUUCUCCAACUACAAGUUUUUCAUGCUCUUCCUCCUCUACUCAUUCCUGUACUGCCUCCUCAUUGUCACCACGGUUACUCCAACCUUCGUCAAGCUGUGGCUGGGCCAGCUGUUUGAUAGUUGUGAUAAACUGCAUGUUUUGUUCCUGACACUGGUGUCAGCUAUGUUUGCCGUCACCCUCUGUUUUCUACUUAUCCUCCAUGUCUGGCUGCUUGUCAACAACAAAACUUCACUUGAGUGGUUGUCUGCCCCAUUCUUUGCGGAUGGGCCAAGCAGUAAGGCGUUUGAUGUCGGUGUCCAAGCUAAUUUCUUACAGGUGUUUGGAAAGGAAAAGAAACUUUGGCCAUUUCCAGUAUUUAGCAGUCAAGGGGAUGGGCAUUCAUUCCCUAUAAAACGGCAGAUGUCAUCUCACAAUCCUUCAGCGAACAGGCAUUGUGAAAUAAAAAGAAAUACAGUCUCACCUGAGGGUGUCUCGGUUACCAUAGCUUCAGAUGACUAGCAAUUAUGGAAUAAGGUCGACACAACGUGACAUUGCUACCUCUCUGGGCUGCUACAAAGAUCUCAAUCACAGGUUAAGCUUUCAGGAACAGCAGGCAACCCUCAAGGAGACGAGGGUGAACACCUGCUCGCGUGCUCAGUUUUCACCUGGAACACUUCCUGUGAGAGAGGAUCAGGUCUCUGAAACCUCUCUUUUACUGAUCAGGGUGUGAGAAGACUUUAUCGGGUGUCU